UUGGUUUGUGGUUGUUUGGUUUGCUGUUGAGAGGAGACACUAGAGUUUAGCCAAGAAGGGGUUAAAUGGAAUGGUCCUUGCUGACAUCCGGGGCACCAGGAGUUUGAAGACAGCCUCCAUGCCAGGUCAGAGAAAGCCGCUCCACGGUGUCUUGUGUUUCUGCCCACAGCUGUCCAUCUCCCCCUGUCCGUGGGGGUUCAGUGGUACCCUGUGAGCUCAGCCUGCCCCGACCUGCCGCGGGACACGUCCCAGUUGUGGUGCACUACCCAGCCAUGCUGCUCUUGCUCUGGGAUAGCAUCUCCUUCCAGAUGCUCCUCAUCUUCCUCACUGUCUUCCUGCUCGUUGCUGACUACCUGAAGCGCAGGAAGCCGAAGAACUACCCUCCCAGCCCCCUCGCCCUCCCCUUCAUUGGGCACCUCUACCUGUUGGACCUGAAAGAUCCUACCAAGGCAAUGCAGAAGCUUACAGAGAAAUAUGGGGAUAUCUUCAACAUAGAUAUGGGCAGCACAUCAUUUCUGUUAGUAAGUGGGCAGCAGCUGAUCAAGGAAGUUCUUGUAAACAAAGGAGAAGACUUCAUAGAUCGCCCCGAUUUUCCUAUCGAGCAAUACGUCUUCAGCAGCAAGGGACUGAUUUCAUCCAAUGGGCUCUUAUGGAAGCAGCAGAGGAGAUUCACCUUGAGCACCCUCCGGACCUUCGGGCUUGGGAAGAGGAGCCUGGAGGAGCGCAUCCAGGAGGAGUGUCGGUACCUGGUCGAUGCAUUUGGAGAGGAGCAGGGGAGUCCUUUCAAUCCUCAUUUUCAGCUCACUAAUGCUGUUUCAAAUAUCAUCUGCUCCAUCACCUUUGGCAACCGCUUUGAAUACCAUGACGAGGACUUCCAAAAAUUGCUGCACCUCCUGGAAGAGACAGUUAGGCUCCAUGGGACCAUAGCAGGCCAGCUGUAUCCAUCUUUCCCAACUAUAAUGAAGCUCUUGCCCGGAUCCCACCAAACCAUUUUAAAAAACUGGAAGGUGAUGAAAGGUUUUGUGAUGGAGAGGAUUGAGAGACACAAGGAGGACUGGAACCCCUCAGAGAGCCGAGACUUCAUUGACAGCUACCUGCAGGAGAUGGCCAAGGGUGACAGCAGCAAGAUCUUCCAGGAGGAAAACCUGGUGGCCUGUGUGCUGGACCUGCUGUUUGCCGGGACCGAGACCACUUCCACCACCCUGCGCUGGGCUCUGCUCUAUAUGACUCUGCACCCAGAAAUCCAAGCCCGCGUGCAGUCCGAGAUUGAUGUGGUCAUCGGGCAGAUGCGGCAGCCAGCCCUGGAGGACAGGGACAAAAUGCCCUACACCAAUGCUGUCAUCCACGAAGUGCAGAGGAUAGGCAACAUCAUCCCUUUCAAUGUGCCAAGAGCACCGACCAAGGACACGGUUGUGGGUGGCUACACCAUACCAAAGGGUACUUUCACAGUGAUAAGUUUAAGUUCCCUGAUGUUUGACAAGAAUGAGUGGGAAACCCCCCACACUUUUAACCCUGGGCAUUUCCUGAAGGAUGGUCAGUUCCAGAAACGGGAGCUUUUCAUACCCUUUUCUAUGGGGAAGCGUGCCUGCCUGGGCGAAGUGAUGGCCCGCUCCGAGCUCUUCCUCUUCUUCACGGCUCUGCUUCAGAAAUUCACCUUCCAGCCACCCCCAGGCACCACCUACAGUCUCAAGCCCAAGCUGGGCAUUACCAUGGCCCCAGAGCCCUACAAGAUCUGUGCUGUGCCUCGGUAGGGAAGCUUUGGCCACCACCCUCCUGUGGAAGAUCCUGUGGCAGGGAUGCAGAGAGCAAGCCAUGGGUGGUGGUAUCAAGCUGCUGGCUGUGGCGUGAGGCCAGGCAGUUUGUUUGUUUCCUGUGCAGCAACUACAAAUCAGUUCUUUUACAAGCAAACCUUGCACUCUGUGUCAUGCAAAAAAUGUGACCAGCCUGUGUGUGCUUCUAACUGAUUGCUUUAAUCCUACUGCAUUUCUAAGUAAUGUUUCUCCAUUAAAGGCCCUCGCAUUGGGGUUUAUUUUUAAUUUCUUCAAGAGAA